GAUUGCACAUUCAAACUAAACGUCUGCAGUUAGGAGAGUAUUUUAUUCCGUGAAAAAACUAAUAACUGGUAAAAGCACGUCAAGAUGAGUAUAACUGCAACGAUCCCCAAGUGGCUUGCGUUGUCGUUCCUCGUUAUAUGGUUACUUGAUGGCAAUUCAUUUUAUGCGCAUGCAAGUUGUGACAAAUUCAGUUGUCCCAGAAGCACUAACUGCAUUGGAAAAAUAUGUGAUUAUUCAUGCAAUGAAAAAGAUCAGACCUGUGUUCAGGAAUGUUACGACGCAAAUUGCACCCCAAAAUGUAAUGUUGGUGUGAAACACUGCUCGCAAGAGUGCUCCUACAGUAAAACCUGCCAGCAAACAUGUAAUGCCAGGGAGACGUGCCAACAAAAAUGCAGGAAAGGAUCUGGAGAUUGCUCAUUGUCCUGCGAUACAAAACUCUGCAAGCAAGAAUGUUACAAAGAAGACUGCCAAGCAACGUGUAAUAAUGGAAGUAGAGCCAAAGAGACGUGCCAACAAAAAUGCUAUAAAGGAAAGUGUUCAUUAUCUUGCAACUCGAGAGACUGUCAGCAAGAAUGUUACAAGGGACAAGGCUGCCAAGCAGAAUGUUCAGGAGGAGAAACCUGCUCACAAGAGUGCUACAAGGCCAACUGCCAGCUGACAUGCAAUUCUAAGAGAUGUAAUCAAGUUUGUAAAUACAAAGGUUGUACAGCAACAUGCGGCCCUAAUGUCGAAGAAUGCACGCAGGACUGUAAGUACGGAGGAAAGUGCGUGUCCAAUGGUUCAAAGAGUAAAUACGACUGUGUAGGUAAACGAUAAGGUAUCUCACUGAUGGCCUUACUUCUUGUUUUUCAAGCUAAUUGAUGUAUAAGGUUGUGAUUUAAGUGUUUGAAAAUGUGAUUGUACUGUGCAUCCAUGCCUGACACUUAAGAUUGUAUUUGUAUUGAAUCUAGUGAUAAUGUGAACGUACGUUUUAUACACAGUGUAAUGGGUGAUUUUAGUUAAAAAAAGAAGAGUCCUGAAAAAGUUGGAUGAGAAAUUUUGUAAACAUCAGCUAAAAAAAUGUUGUCACCGUUUAAGUUGGGAUAAAGUGCGGAUGUGAACGGAAGGACGGACAAAAAGAAUAAAAUGCGGAUUGCGGACAAGAAGAAUAAAAUGCAGAUUUCCCAAGUGUGAAGUUUCAACUGCGUACAUUGAGUUUACAUAAACAAGAACUGUGUUUGUUUAAA